CUAUCGUGCAUAUCGUGGACCCUUUUAGGAUAAUUUUAUUUCCAGUAGUUAAUUAAUAAUUAGGUUUAAAAUCCUUAAUUUAUUCAUUUAUAUAAACAAGCUUUUCCUUCACUAUGGAUCUAAUGUUUUAAAGACUAUGUGAACGUAAGAAGUGUAAAGAACUCGGUCAGCUGUAUUGGUAUUUUUCUCAUAAUAUAAGAAUCAUGGAGGUAUCCCACUCCCUUACCCUGAAUGAAACGGCACUGCAGCAGCUGCCUGAUGACAAGAAGCCACAUUUCAUCUUUGAAUGGCUUCGAUUCCUUGACAAAGUCCUUGUGGCGGCUCAUAAGUCUGACAUUAAGAGCUGUCAACAAAAGCUGGUAGCACAACUAGUGAAUCUCCUCCGAGAAAAUUUGGGUUCUCCGGCUCGACGGCUGCUUGCUCGCUGUCUGGCCACACUUUUCUCUGUUGGAGACACCUUCUUACUGUUUGAUACUGUCAACAAAUGCAAUGAUAUCAUUAAAGUUAAAGAUGACUCUCCUUCUUACUUGCCCACAAGACUAGCUGCGAUAUGCUGCUUAGGGGGGAUGUACGAGAAACUCGGCCGAAUGAUGGGGCGUUCGUACGAGGAAACAGUGACAACCCUAGUCAGGUCACUCAAGAGUGCCGAGUCGCAAACAAGACUGGAAAUAAUGAACACAUUGGAGAAGAUUUGUGUUGGCAUGGGCCUAGCCGCGCCCGGGGCCCUGCGAGAGGUGUCCCGAGCCGCGCGCGCAGCGCUGCUGUCAGACCGCGCGCCCGCCGUCCGCGCUGCGGCGGCUAAUGCACUACGACAUAUGUUACCACUGAUGAAGCUCACCGCAGCGGACCUGGAUGCCAUAGCAGCGGCUUGCUUGAGAGCCGCGCAGCCGACUGACUACACGCUGAGAUGUGCGGUAUCCGAAUUACUUGGCGCUUUAAUAGCGGCUACUCAAGCGGGCGAAACGUCUAUUUUGAACAGCAAACUCAAAGUGGGCGCACAAGCGGUGCAACAAAGCAAAAAGGACGCACCGAAGAACGUGGUAUCGUUAGACGAAGCGCUGAACCUCCUGAUGGGUGCUUUCUUAAGGGGCGGCACUUCUUUCCUGAAGGGCGAACUUAUCAAGUCAGGCUCGGGUGUUAGCCGGGAGGUCCGCGUCUGCGUUACUCAUGCGUACGUGAUAUUCGUCCAGAACAUGGGUGGCGUGUGGUUGGAGCGUAACUUGACGACUUUUCUCACUCACGUGUUGGACUUGGUGGCCAACCCUAAAGCCGCUAGCUCACACGUCGACGCCGUUUAUUCCAGGAAAUGUAUAAACUACAUUCUCCGCAACACUCUCGGCAAGAUGCUGGGCGAGAAAGCGCAGGCUUCGGCGUGCCGCGAGAUCAUUCAGAUCGUCAUCAAACAGAUGAACAGCAUCGACUUCAACCCGGAAAACGCCAAAGAUUGUAAUCAGGAGACACUGUUCAGCCAACAUCUGCUGGUAUGCGCGUUGAUGGAAGCGGGCGAGCUCACGCUGCAACUCGGCACUUCAGUGCAAAACCUCGUGUCUGACACCUCGCUGAAUAUGAUCGACGCCAUAUUCGCGGUACUGGAGCACCCGUGCGUAGCAGCCCGCCUGGCCGGUGCGUGGUGCGUGCGGUGCGUGUGCGUGGCGCUGCCGUCGCAGAUCACGCCGCUGCUGGACAAGUGCGUGGACGCGCUGGACGCACCGCGCUCGUCACCUACGCCGCACCAUAUCUCUGGAUAUUCCGCAGCCCUGGCAGCAGUGCUGGGGUCAGUCCGUCUUUCCCCUCUCGGCGUGCCGCACGGCCGAGGCAAAGUAGCCUUCAACGCAGCUGAACAGUUGCUAAGAUCGGCCGGGCAAAGCAGCCGACUGACGGCUGCGAGGACUAACGCUGGCUGGCUUAUCGUUGGAGCUAUUUGCACAUUAGGUGUUCCCGUGGUGCGCGGACUGUUACCGCGAAUGCUGUUGCUCUGGAGGAACAGUUUCCCGAGAUCCGCCAAGGAGAUGGAGUCGGAGAAAGCCCGAGGCGAUGCAUUCACCUGGCAGGUGACGUUGGAAGGACGCGCCGGGGCGUUGUCGGCGCUCCACAGCCUAUUAAUUCACUGUCCAUCACUAGUUAACAACGAUGAUACUGCCAAACGGUUGACGCAGCCCAUAGAUGGAGCUAUCGCGGUCCUUACCAAUGUUGGCGGCGUACUUCGCAACUACGGCGGUUCUCUAAAAGCACCGGCAGCGCUACUGAGACUGCGGCUGUACCAGGCGUGCGCGGCGCUGGGGCCGGGCUCGCAGCCCGCGGCGCCGCUGCUGCGGCUGCUGGCGGGCGAGCUGGCCGGCACGCCGGACCCGACCACCGCCAACCUCGCCACUGGUAUGCUGCGAAGCGCUAUGCAUCCCCACGAUACUAUUUUGCUGGGAGACGAAGGCUGGAUCUACGACACAGAUCAUGCUGAAAUUGAAGAACAGCUGAUAUCGCCGCUCAGCGCUAGUGGCUCGGGAGCCCUAGAGCACGAUCCCUGCUGCUUGUAUCGCGGCGGGGCGGCCGCGCAGCCGCUAGGAGUUGCGGUGAUCGACGCCUGUGUGGCACUCUUCCCGCACACCUUCGCUAGGGCUGCCAAUAAACACAGGCAACAAAUGUUAGAGCACUUCACGGAGUGCAUCAAGAUGUCGAAGGGAACACGUCAGGAGGCCAUACAAGUGAACGUUUACACCGCGCUGCUCCUGGCGCUGAGGACGCUCGCGGAGCAGAAGAGCUCGCUCGGACAGGAUGCCGUUAAGACGGCUGCUACUGAACUUAUUCUUUCGGGCCUAUCAUCGACCAGCGUUCCGGUCCGCGCGGCGGCGGCGUCCUGCGCCGGCCGGCUCUGCGGCUGCGUCUCCGAGGCCGAGAGCCAGGCGGUCAGCGAGCGCGUGCUGGCGCUGACUCGCUCCACCGUGCGGACGACCCGGGCCGCGGCCGCGGCGGCCGUGGGCGCCGUGCAGCGGGCGCGGGGAGGCAGCUCGGCGGCCGCGCUGCCGGCGUUGAGGGCCAUGGCGCAGGACGCGAGCGGACAGGAGGCCCAGGUCUGGGCUCUCCACGCGCUCUCCGUGUUAGCCGACGCCUCAGGACCCAUGUUCCGCAGUCACGUAGAGUCCACGCUCAACGUGGCCUUGAAGCUGCUAUUCACGGCGCCGCCCUUCCAAGAGGACUUGCAUCGCAGCGUAGGGAGAUUGCUGUCUGCGCUGAUCACUGUUGUUGGGCCUGAGUUGCAAGGCAGCGCUGGAGCAACAGUGGGCCGCUUCCUGUGCGCAUGCGCGGCGCUCAGCGAGUGCGGCGGCGGCGGCGCGCGCGCCGAGGGCAUCGGCUGCCUGCAGCAGCUGCAGAUGUUCUCGCCCCGCCACGUCAGCGCGCACAUGCUAGUGCCCUCGCUCGCUCGGGACCUGUCAAGCUCUGAGCUGGCGGUGCGCCGCGCGGCGCUCUGCUGCCUGCGCCAACUGUCUCAGAAGGAGGCCGCAGAAGUUUGCCGGUACGCGAUGCUCGCCAAGGACCACGUGCCCGCCCGCCCUUACUGUGGCGUGGUGAUCACCGACACGGGCCUGCCCGGCGCCCUGUUCGCGUUCCUGGACACGGAGCGCGACGGGACGGCGCAGUCGUACGCGCGCGACACGCUCACGUGCUGCCUGCUGGCCGCCGCCGCCAAGCGCACCGUGCGCGACUGGCUCGCGCUCGCCAAGCGCGUGCUCACCGUGCGCCUGGAGGACUGUAACAACCCUGACACUGAUUUCGAUGGCGAAGGCGACGAUGAUCAAGCGGAAUUCCACGCGGACACGGACGAGUCCACGCAUCCUGCAGUCCAGUCGAGGUGGCCCACUAGGGUUUUCGCAAUGGAAUGCGUCCAGAAAAUAAUGGGUGCGUGUGAAGCGACAGGCGAUCCAGCGCACUUCGACCUAGUCAAGGCCAAAGAGAAACAACUGACUGAUCCUGACAGUGAUUACCUGUCGCUGCACCUGUCCGACCUGGUGCGCAUGGCGUUCGUGGGCGCCACGGGCGAGGCGGACGCGCUGCGGCUGUGCGGGCUGCGCACGCUGCAGCUCAUCGUGCGCCAGUUCGCGCAGGCGCCCGAGCCCGACUUCCCGGGACAUCUGCUGUUGGAGCAAUAUCAGGCGCAGGUUGGAGCGGCGCUAAGACCUGCGUUCUCUGGUGACACGGCUUCUCACGUGACCGCCGCGGCCUGCGACGUGUGCUCCGCUUGGAUCGGCUGCGGCGUCGCCAGGGACAUCAACGACUUGAGAAGGGUGCACCAGUUGCUCGUCUCGAGCCUGGACAAGUUGAACACAAAGGGCAACACUACACUCAUCUACAAUGAAAGUAUGGCUACGCUUGAAAAAUUAUCCAUCUUGAAAGCCUGGGCCGAGGUGUACAUAGUUGCAAUGGUAAGCAACGGCAGCGCGCCAGGCAGCUACAUCAAGCAGCUCGACAGCAAACCGAUUAAUAAUCGCGCCGAAAUCGCAAAAUGGCGGAACCAGCUGCUGCGAACCAACAGCCAGGUCGAAGACGUGACCCCGGAGAAUGAUGAUGAUUACGGCGACUUCGAAUCUAAAGGCGAGAGCUUGUUGAAGUUGGUUGAACCUGAACUGGAAAGCUUGGGCGAGAAUUGGAUCGCGGCGUUGAAGGAUCACGCCCUGUUGAGUUUGCCGCCCGAGUUCGCAUCCCAGCUGCCGCACGGCGGCGGCGCGUUCUACUCGGCCGAGACAGCGGAGGCGUCGCGCGCGCACUACGCCCGAGCGUGGCCUUCUCUGCUCUACGCCGCGGCCUUGAGAUACAACGCUAACGUCGACAAACCCCUCCCUACUGCCGAUAAAUCUGAAAAUACAUUAGACAACAGGGCAAAUAAGACUGAAAAUGGAAACUUUGAAUUCUUCGAACCCGUUGAUGAGAGAUUCCAUUUACUAUUUGGAAUAUGUAUGGAAGCCCUGUGCGCCCAAAGGGAUAUGACCGUCGACAACACUAUCUCUGUCCUGCUCUCGAUAGUUACUCUCUUGGACGCGCCCGGAAACAGAGCGAGGCUUCUGAAGGACAGGGCCCUGGCAAUAGAGUUGUGUCAGAUAGUGCACCGCACCGGGCUGACGCUGGAGAGCGUGGAAGCACUGCUCCUUGUGGCCGACGUGCUGAAACUCAUCAUCGCCGGCGCUCGCGAGCAGUUGCAGGCCAACAUGCAGGCCAAGAUCAAAGAAUUAGCACCAGACGAGCCAUCAAACAACAUCCCCGAAUCAGUCCUGGAAGUGGUCCACACGCUGGGCGAAGGCGGGCCCACGGGCGACCUCCCCCCCGGCAAGUCGCUCGUGUUCGCCUGCCUGGAGGUGUGCGUGUGUCUCGCCGUGCGCCGCCUGCCCGGCCUCAGCCCGAGGAAGCAGGAGGGCGCUGUAGGAGUUAUAGGCGUGCCGAGGGGGUUGGGCGUGCAUGGGGACGCGUUGUUAGUCAGCACGUUGGCUGCCAUGGGGGAGUUGACAUCGUUAACUAGUCCGCAAGGCGCUCUAUCCCUCCUCCCGACGAUACUGUACCUGGCGCUAGGCGUGCUGGGCGAGUGCGCGGACGCGACACUGGGCGAGGCGGCGGUGCUGCUGCUGCAGCAAGCCUGCGCGGCUCGCGCGCCGCGGGUGCUGCCGCACACGCGCGACCAGCACCAGCGCCUGCUGCACUCCACGCUCGCCAAGCUGCUCGAGAAGGUCAAGACCGACGAAGUCGGACAGCGCAUCGACCCAGUGAUUGGUGCGCGAGCUAUGGCGGUGCUGCUAAAUCAUUCGGAGCCCACGCCUUCCCUGCACUACCCCUGUAUUAACCACUUCAGGCAGUGCCUCGAGACCAGAGACAAUGAGGUGUUCGCGCAGUGCUGCGGCGUGGUGCGCACGGUGUGGUCGCAGGCGCCCGCGUCGUGCGUGUCGUGGUGGGCGCGCGCGCUGGCGGCGCGCGUGGCGGCGCGCGCGGCCGCGGCGCGCCGCCCCGCCGACGCCGCGCACACCCGCGCCGCCGUGGCCGCCGUCACCGCGCUCGACGAUCUGCUCAAUGUUGCUCCCGAACAUGCGCGCAUCCAGCUGCUGUGGCUGGUGGUGCCCAUCGUGAUCUCGUACCUGCGCGAGGGCGGCGAGCUGGCGCGCGCGGCGCCGCACCAGCGCGCGCUGCACGACUUCGCGCUCGCCUGGCUCACGCGCCAGGGGCCCAAGCAUCCGCAGGAGUUUAAGACGAUGAUGUCCCAGUCGGCGGAGCUGCGAAGUAAGCUGGAGACGGCCGUGAAGGGCAGCCAGGCCGGCGCGCGCCGCGCGCAGCCGCGCCGCGUGUUCGAGCCGCCGCCCGCCAGGCCCACCAUACAGCUCAAGACUGACUUCAGCGACUUUAGAUAACUGCGCUACGCCCUCACAACACUAAACUACCACAUCAUGUCAUCAUCAUCAUCAUAUCAGCCUUUAUCGCCCACUGCUGAGCAUAGGUCUCUCUUCGAGUACGCCACUUAUCCCGAACCAAUCUCAUCCAGAAGUGACCCGCAAUCUUCCGAAUGUCGUCCACCCAACGAGCUAACGGACGCCAGGCAUUAUGAACCCCAUAUAAACUAACUAUUGGAGGAGAAGUUGAUUCAUGUUAUGCGUAUCUAGAAAUAAAUUAUUGUAACAGCCGGGCUAGCACAUGAUUGGCGCGACAGUAUCUCGUCGCGAGAUAGACCACCCGUCCCUCUUUAAUUAAUACAGUUAGAAAAAGACAGGUAGUCUAUCUCGUGGCGAGAUACUGUCGCGCCAGUCAUGUGCUUGGCCUACAGGUAAUAAAGCCCUAAACGUCACGAGAUAAAAGGCAGUGAAGCAGUAAAGCAGCGUCUAAACGUAAACUUACGUUACUUGCACUAAUGACAGUUAAGAUUAUAGAGAUUAAGUAGAUAAGUAUAUAACGUAAAAUCACAUGGAGUAUUAAGGAAUAGGUGAAAUUGGGAUUAAAACGUGACCACAUCUAAAAUAUGAGUUGGGUCAGAAGGUAUCUGACUUUAUUGGUUAGUAGGUAUAAGAAAACGACCAGUGGUGAAUGUAGUGAGGUAAUCAAAAUUUACUAUGGAAGGGUAUACCUAGGAUAAAUAAAUAACAAAACAUUACACAGACUGCUAAUACUUAGCGAAAUACUUAUAAACCGCAAGCCAGGGUAGAGAAAAAUAUUCAGUGAUUAUAGGUAGUCAUGAAAUGCAAUAAUUCAUAAUUAGUCGAAAAUAUUGAAGCUAACAAAAUGUAUGUGAAACGAUUAUUAGAAAUGUAAUUAUUAAUAACGAUCUCUUGCGUAGUAUUUAUUAUAUUAUCGAACGUUAAAAUAAGCAACUACAUAUUAGGUUGUUUAAGCACAAGGUAGUGUAGAUACCAAUUACCAAGGGAGCUGGGAGUAGAACAAUGAUGGAAGCAUUAGACUGUCAAUGCCUAAUUGCAGUGCCGGAUUUAGACAUUUGCCGCCCGUAGGCUAUGCCGAUUUUGCCGCCCCUAUCCACCUCGAAGAAGGUGACGUCACUAUUCUAGAAACAGAUUUAUAUGGGCCGUUUUUGUCACUCAAUGACGUUGCGACCUCUUUAUAUUUUUCCUGAUCUGAUCGGCGACCGGUUCGGUGGUGCUGGGUUUUGGCCAUUGAGAACCACAAAUAAUGUUCCUACAUAAAAACGCGAGCGUAGCGAGCGCUAAUUUUUUUGUAGAAAUAGCGCAAUUCGAUAGAAAAUGGUACAUUUUUAGGACGAAACGGAAUCCAUAUGGAUCACUUUGUUGUCCGCCUGGCCGUCUAUCUGUCUCAAUAUAAGGGUCUUGACAUGACAGAAGGCGGCAAAAUCGACAAAUAAUGCUUGUUAUUUAAUGCUAACUAAUAAAUAGGGGAGCGACAAAAUUCUGGUCAACCCUAUCUGAACAGCAGUAUUUUUUGGACCCAAAUUUGCCGCCCCCUAUAAUCUGCCGCCCUAGGCUUCAGCCUACUCAGCCUAGUGGUAAAUCCGGCACUGCCUAAUUGGUUCUAAAGAACUACGAGUUCGUUGUUCUGAAUCUGGAUGGCAAUAGAAUUAAAAUUAAUUGUAAGUUAUAUUGAGGCUAGCAAUACUAAUUGGCUUACAUUAUUCAUUUUAUAAAAGGAAAAGAAAUACCUGAGAGACAGACAAUAUAAUUAAUUUUUAAAGUAAACAUUCCAAACAGAUCAAGCCUUCAUCAAUUAUGAUGACAGACCGCAAUUGGUAACGACUAAUUUCUAAACGUAAUAAACUUCCUUAUUUAAAUAUAAAAUAGUAUAUUCCGGUCUGUCCCCACCCAACACAGAAAUGAUUCAUUCCCAUCUUGUCACCGAUGACCAUGUAACCCUACAUAGACAGACAGAUAGAACACCUAUAAAAUAUAAUUAUGCUUAAUUAAGUGAUUAAUAUUUUGAAUCUAAAUACUGCUUAGUGUCAUAGAUUAUAGGCAUUAUAGCAAUUAUAGAUUAUAUUUUAAUUGUUGAAAAUUGUAAGGAGUGUAUCGAAUGUUGAAUGUGGUGAAAGUUUGAGAUACGUGUCGAUGUUUUAACUGACAAUAUUUAAUCAUUUUAUGUACUGACCUCGACAUUUUAUUUUUAAGUAAUAGGGUAAAACAGUAGGUAUAGGAGCAUUCCAUCAAAUUGUCUACCGUUGUCCCGUACAAACGCGAAGUUUCUGAAGAUUUAAAGGUAUAAGAGUUUCCUUUUCUAUGACAAAUGGUCAAAAAGAUGCACAGAAAAAUACCUUUUCUCAAAAAUGGACGGCAAAGUCGACUUUGCCGUCUAAAAAAUAGGUCGCGAAGCGCGUAGUUUAUGGUCAGUCGAAAAUUAAAAAGUUAAAAACAUUGCAGUCUCGAUUUUGGGACUGCAAUGUUGCAUACAAAUUCCAUUAUUUGUCGAGUUCCAAACUUUUUAAAAGUUGAAAUGACCAUAUCAAAUACACUUCUAUUUUUUUAUUAAUAAAAUAAAAAGGCGGCAAGGGCUUUUUUCUGUCAAAAUAUAUAUGUAAGAACGUUGCUUUUGUAAAAUAUUUCUAUGAUAUUUAUAUUUCUUGCACCAUUUUUGAGAAAAGCACUAUAUAUGACUCGGCUGGAAGACUACUUGCUGGCUUCGGAUGCAAUUAAACGGACUCCCAAGGUCGUCCGUUUAAAACGAAUCCUCAGGCUGCAAGUAGCUACUUCCGAGCCUCGACAAUAAUGUACUAUUGCCUGCUAUAGAUGCCGAGAAAAAAGUCGCAACACAGGAAAUACAAUGCGUUUGUACGGGACAGCCCGUGGAAUGCUCUUAUAAUGACAUUGGUCACGACAUUUCAAGAAUUGCGUGUAUUGCACGCUUAGUUCCUAGCUGAAAUCUCACGAGAACUUGCAAAGUAGAAAUCUAAAGUUGGAUUUUAACCUAGUUAUUUUUUUAUGUUCCGUUUUGAAUUAAGCUGUUAACUGACAAGUGCACGAAAAAACUUGAAUAGAUUGUUACAGUAACUUGGAAACUAAAAUAUAGUCUUUAUUGCCGCUUAUUGCCCUUUGUAAUAAAGUUCUCAAGAGUUUCAGCAAUUAGUGUGCUAAUAUAGUAGAAAUUAAUAAUCAAAAUAAUUGCCGUGUUAGAUAAUGAAAUUCUGAUUGCCAAAUUUUUGUCCGAAAUACUUAAUUUUCCAACACUGCCUUUAUUAUUCCAAAUAUUGAGUGUCGAAUGCCAAUUCUCGUAUAUUUGUAUUGUGUAAGUUUCAUGUGUUAAUGGAAUUAUUUAUUUAUCAUAUUGUCAGUCAGUAACUUAUUUUAAGGCUUUUAUUUAAAUAUACCAUUUACCUAACAAAAA